AUGUGUCAUCCGCUGUGGCAGAGUUUGAAGUUGCAGCUGCUUUUGAGCUCCAAAUUCUUUGGCCUCAGCUUCUGCAUGGAUGCAGAGAAGGCAGCGGGCAUGGGCCUUCAAAAAGUGGUCGCAGGCGGCCAGACAGGGGUGGACCAGGCCGCCCUGACUGCUGCACGAGAGUUGGGGCUUGCUACAGGAGGCUUCUGCCCAGAAGAUGGCUCGGACGAGAACGGGCCAAUCCCAGACUUGGCCGAGUGGCAUCUUACACCGCUGACGCCGGAUGUGUGGAAGGCUCACAAAGGCCUCUUCGAAGAUCUGGGGCUUUGCAGCGAUCCCGACAAGUUCGCGAGACGCACGCUGAUGAAUGCUCUGGAAAGUUCAGGUACACUGACUAUUCUACCCAAAGACGUCCUGGAUGGUACGAACUUGGGAAUGGAAGCUGUCAAAGCACUUGGAAAGCCACAGCUGGUCUUUACAUCAGCCGAUGCAGCAGACAUCCCUGCAGCCCGGAAGAAAUUCCUUGCGUGGCUCCAGCAGAAUAGUAUCCAGGUGCUCAACAUUAACGGACCUCGAGAAUCAUCGGUCCCUGGAAUUUAUGCGAAGAGCAAAGCACUCUUUCUGGGCAUAUUCGUCGAUGCAAGGAAGCAGGAAGAACGUGAGCGCCAAAAGCGUGAGCGCGAGGCUAGAGCUGAGGCCGAGCGAAAGGAACGAGAGAGGCUGCGGCGCUUGGAGGAGGAAGAGCGCGAGCGGCGCGAACUCGAAGAGCAAAUGGAAGAGGAGGAGCGCCAGAGGCAGGAGGCUCGUCGCGAGGCCGCUGAGCGUGCGGCGGAGGAGGCCAAGAGGAGUUGGGACAAGCCACCCGCCGAGGCUGCUCCUGGUCCGGUGGUGGUCCCGGCUCUCAUAGCAUCGGCUGCCUUGCCACCCGUACCGGCGCCUGCGCCGGUGGCUGUACCGGCACCAAAGACGCUCUCUGCCCUCAUGCAGGCCCAAGCUGCCGGAGCGAACAUCGCUGCCUCGCUUCUGGCCGCACAACCGGCUAUGGCACCUGGCAUACCCGGGAUGGCAAUGGCCGGAGGAGAGGAAGCAGGUGCUGGCGACAUCACGGCUCAUGUUCAAGUACCUGCUGGCCGGGUCAAAGACUUGCUCGGCGUGCAGGGAAGGAACAUCAAGGCCCUGAAAUCUCAGACCGGCGUGGUGAAAGUUGGCGUUCUCGACCGGAAUGACCCAGCAAACGUUGAAAUUGUUGGCGCCCCGGCGGCGGUGGAGAAGUGCAAAGCGCUUGUCAAUUGCAUUGUUGAGGGCGACCUCGCCGCCAUCGGCAACAUCACCGAAAUCUUGGACAUAGAGCCGAGGCUAAUCUCGCGACUCAUCGGUCCAAGAGGCCAAAACAUUUCCAACAUGAAGGACCAGAGCGGUGCAUACCUGGCAGUGAAGGAGCCGACGCCUGGAAUGGGCAACAAGGUGGUCAUCGUGGGCUUUCCGGAGUGCGUGGCCCGUGCCAAGGAGUUGGUAGUUUCUUUCCUGAGCCACGAGGCCCAGGCCGCCGCAGGCCCCCUGGGCGCAGGGCCGGCAUUCGGAAUGGGAAUGCCAGUGCCAGCAGUGCCGGCACAUCCGGUUCCGCAGCCGCCACUUCCGCCACAGCCGCAUGCGGUGCCUGUGAAUGCCGUGAGACCCAUGCAGGGGCAGGUGCCUCCGAUGCCUGCGCCUGGGUGGACUGGUCACGGCAUGGGGCCCGGCAAAGGAAUGCCUGGCGGAAAGGCGCCGGAUACCGGCACUUGGACACCGGGCAAAGGGGCCUGCGAUGGAGGUUGGCAUGAUCCCUCUGCUUGGCAGGGUGAGGGCCAUCAGUGGGGUGUGGCCAAAGGUGACUGGGGGCCUCCACAGCCAUGCCGCGGCCAGUUCGGGAAAGGCCCCUGCUCUCCCGCUGUGACAGGACACGGACACGGUGAUGAGAGUUGGCCUCAAGAAAGCUGGGACUAUGGCAACAGCGCUGCUAGUGGUGCUGUUUACCAGCAGGGUCCUCAUCAGGCUGCAGACUAUGCCGGAGCGAUUCACACAGGCCGCCACGAGCAUGGCAGCGCCGGGAACGGCUUUGAUGUGCGCAGCCAGGGCAAGGGUGGGGCGAUGGACGCCUGGAGCCACGCGGCAGCGAGCCAGGAACAGUGGCACGGAUACGGCAACGACCAACAAGGAGGCUGGGGCCACUGGUCUCCACAGGCCGAGUGGGACGAAAGAUGGGGCGGGUGCGACGGUUCGAAUGGCUCAGGCCAGAAGGGGGCUACGCCGAUGCAUCAUGCCUCCGCCUACGGCGGCGAUGCCGGCGACUACGGCCAUCAUCCCGAAUGGGGCAGCCACAUGUGA